AUGGCAAAUGCGUCCGGUUUACGUUCACCAACUCCUUCCCGGUCUUCAGCACCAUCUCCGCGUCAAAAAUUUGACACAGAUCUUCUCAAGGCUUACAUUAAGAAGCUCCUUUCAUCUACUCUCCAGAACAACGUCUGGCCAGAAGCAAGGGAAAAGGAUCGCGUGAAAGGGUGGAUGAAGGAGAUCGGAGAGAGAGUUAAAGAGAGGAUGCUUGAAAUUCAGCCGAAAGGAUUCAAGUAUAUCGUAUUAACACAAAUAAAUGAGAAUUUGGGGCAGGGUGGCAGAGCAGACAUGGUGUGUCAUUGGGAAGAUUCUGAUGUUGUUGCCCAAGAAAUGUAUUCUAAUGAUUCUCUGAUUUGUAUUUGCAUAGCAUUUGCCCUUGUUGCUUGAACUAAACGACGCGUCGCUUCCCAAAUAUAGAGCUGUAAUAAAGAAUUGUAAUUGAUACAUUUUAUAUUACUUUAGAUUAGGGUUAGGGUUAGGAAGAUCGAAAAAGCAAAAAGAAAGAGCCCACCCAGCCAGAGUGGCCGAAGUGGGACAGGAAAAUAUUGAGACGGUGCAUGCACCGAAGCACAUACAAGCCGCAGACACCCCCUGAGGACAAGGUCGCCGUGCUAUGGAGGAUCUCCACGGCCCAUAAACCCAGGUAGUUGAAGGAGCUUAUGC